GAGAGAUGAGAAGGAGAGAGAGAGGGAGCGAGAGAGAGAGAGAGAGAGAGAGAGAGAGAGAGAGAGAGAGGAGCGCAGCUCUCCUGAGGAAGACACUUCCACAUCUCUCCGACCUGUUUGAGCGGCUCUUUCUGUUUUUGCCUCUGUGAGUUCGCUCAGAAGGACGUGUCGCCGCGUUUGUGCACUGCUGGAAAACUCCGCGUGUCGGAUGUGGAGUAGCUGCUCUGUGGUUCUCUGUGAGGGCUCGAGGCGGAUUUCUCUCAGUGGACACCUUCCCUUCACCUGGACUUCAGGGCGUGAAAUGAUCCGGAGAGAUCCCUCCAGGCUGCGCUUUUCUGACUGAUUUUCGUGCGUUUCUCUAGGAUAGCCCGCUCUCCCGCCGCAGUGUUGAGGAUGUAUGUGGUGCUGCUGCUCGCCUCCGUAGCGGGACUCUCUACAGUAACAGCUCUGACUCCGAUGGCCGGUUCCUGUGGAGGAAACAUCACCAUUUUGAGUGCAGGCUAUGUGACGUCUCCUGGUUACCCGUCCUCGUACCCGCUCUCUGAGCAGUGUGUGUGGCUCAUCCGUGCACCAGACCCCCAGCAGAAGAUCCUCAUCAACUUCAACCCACACUUCGACCUGGAGAACCGCGAGUGCAAGUAUGACUUUGUGGAGGUGUACGAUGGAGACAGUGAGAAGGCCUCUCUGGUGGGGAAGUUUUGUGGAAAAAUUGCUCCAUCCCCAAUCAUCUCCUCUGGAAACUCUCUGCUGAUCAAAUUCACCUCGGACUACGAGACCAACGGGGCUGGAUUCAGCAUCCGCUACGAGGUGCACCAAAAAGGCACGGAAUGUUCCAGAAACCUGACCGCUCCAAGUGGAGUGAUCCAGACACCCGGGUACCCUGAUAAAUACCCCAACAACCUGGAGUGUACCAUCACCAUCUUGGCGCCGAAGAUGGCAGAGAUCGUGCUGGAGUUUGAAAGGUUUGACAUGGAGCCUGAUAGUACUGCCCCUGCUGGAGCUGUGUGCCGCUUUGACUACCUGGAAAUCUGGGACGGAUACCCCACAGUUGGCCCUCAUAUUGGGAGAUACUGUGGUCUUCAUAGUCCAGGCCGAGUCAUAUCCUAUACCGGUGUCCUGUCCCUCUCCAUCCACACUGACAACGCCAUCAGCAAGGACGGCUUCUCAGCUAAUUACAGCUUCCAAUCCAGCCCAGAGCCUCCACAGGACCAAAAGACUAACUGCAACUAUACACUAGGAAUGGAAUCAGGAGAGAUUAGUGAUGAUGCAAUUACAGCCUCUUCCCAAUACAACCCCAGUUGGUCUCCUCUCCGCUCACGACUGAACUUCCCCAAUAAUGGCUGGACACCAUCAGAAGACUCCACCCGAGAGUGGAUACAGGUGGAUCUGGGUUUCCUCCGAUAUGUCUCGGCUGUAGGAACCCAAGGAGCCAUCUCCAAGGAGACAAAGAAAGCCUAUUAUGUGAAGACCUAUAAAGUCAGCAUCAGCAGCAAUGGAGAAGAUUGGAUCAUAGUGAAGGAUGGAAACAAGCACAAGGUGUUUUUGGGUAAUACUAACCCCACUGACGAGGUGCGCUCCUACCUCCCUAAACCUGCCCUGACACGCUAUAUUCGGAUACGUCCUCUGACCUGGCAACAAGGCAUCUGUAUGCGCUUUGAAUUGUAUGGCUGCAAAAUAUCAGACUUUCCCUGCUCCAGUAUGUUAGGGAUGGUCUCUGGUCACAUUUCAGAUGCUCAGAUCUCUGUCUGGCCAGAGAUGGAGAGAGGGUGGUUACCGGAGCAGGCGAGGCUGCUGACAGGCCGUUCUGGCUGGGUGUCUCACGUCCCACCAGGCCUCACACACACCCCAUGGCUGGAGCUGGAUCUGGGGGCCACCCGCUGGGUCACCGGAGUCAUCGUACAGGGAGGGAAGCACCGGGACAAGACUGUUUUUGUCCGACGCUUCAAGCUGGGAUACAGCACUAAUGGAUCUGACUGGAGCUACGUACUGGAAAAGAAUAGCAGCAAAGCUAAGGUUCGGGAGGAGGGGAAAACGUUCUCAGGAAACCAGAACCACGACACCCCAGAGGUACGUUCCUUUGAUCCUCUGAUGGUGCGUUUUGUGCGGUUGUAUCCCGAACGUGGUGCACCUGAUGGCAUGGGACUCAGACUGGAACUGUUGGGCUGUGACUUAGAACAGACCACCACUCCUCUUCCCCCAAUCACUCCUCUUUCUCCUACCACAACAGUGGUGGUAACCUCCAGUGCUCCGGUAAUCAGCCCAGCCACCACGACUGUUCCCACGCUGACGGAAGACUGUGAUGACGAAUCAGCAAACUGUCACAGUGGAACAGGUACAAGUGAAGAUUAUGAGCCAACAGCAAGUACCACAGCAGAGGAGCCAAUGCUGGAUGUUGACAUGGUACCAGAGUUCAUUUGGUUUGACUGUGAUUUUGGAUGGGCUGAUAACCCCUCAUACUGUGGGUGGCUACCAGAAAGCAUAGGAGGAGUUGACUGGCUCAUACAAAGCAAUGGCAAACCCUCUGAUCUCCAACUGCCCAAAGUGGAUUACAGAGGGGAACCAGGAAACUUCAUUUACACUGCACAGUCCACAGACACGCUGCACCCAGUCACAGAGAGAGAAAAAGAGUUAGAGACUGCAUCGGAGAGAGAGGGAGGGAUGGAAACAGAAAUAACAGCAGAGGCAGAAAAAGAGAGAGAGAUGGAGGAAGAAGAAGAAAUAGUGGAGAGAGAAAGAAAGUGGGCACGGUUGGUCAGCCUGCCAGUCACAGCUCCGGAAGAAGACCUUUGUGUGUCAUUCUGGUACCAGUUUACCGGAGAACACACAGGAGCUCUACAUAUCAGGCAGAGGAGAAAGGGAGGCGGAGAGGAGGAGGAGGAGGGGAAAGGAGGAGAAGAUCAAGGAGAAAGAGUUGAGGGAAAGAGGGAUGACAGAACAACAGAAGAGGAAGUGCUCCUGUGGAAAAUGGACAGGCAGGAGACCGGCCGCUGGAAGGAAGGAAGAGUCCUGAUGCCCCGUGCUGACGCACCGUAUCAGGUGAUCAUUGAGGGUGUGGUUGACGGUGCAUCGUCCGGUCAUAUUUCUAUGGAUAAUAUAAGAAUUAUUCAUGUGAGACCCAAAGAGUGUCAGGAUCCAGAUGUUGAAAUGGCUGUUGAUGACUAUAAGCCUGAGAUUGAGUGUGGUGAUGAGGAGGAGCCAGGGUGGAGGUACGGUGUGCACGGGGGCUCCAUGUUGAAGACGCUGGACCCCAUCCUGAUCACCAUCAUUGUGAUGAGUGCCGUGGGGGUCCUACUGGGUGCCGUCUGUGGGGUGGUGCUCUACUGCGCCUGCUCCCAAAACCCCGACCGAAACCUUUCCGCCCUCGAGAACUACAACUUUGAGCUUGUCGACGGCCUAAAGCUGAAGAAGGGGAAAGCGAGCGCACAGAAGUCUUACACCGAGGCGUGAGGACUGGCCUGGCUUCGGCCGGCGUUAAAAGUACAGAAGUCUUGGCCGGCCAGACGCUGGGCUAACAUUGAGGGAAGACUGAGGAAAGGCUCGCAGGAGGCCUGAGGACCAUUUCAGUAACGCUGCGAGUGCGAUUCGGUAGUUUGAGACUGAGCCAUGCUUUUCUCAGGAUCUGCAGUAAGAGGGACAGACCUCCAGAGGGCGCUGUGUGUAAAGAAAAAAAAUGUACAGUCAGUGGUGAUUGUCACUUUGUUGGUUUGUCUGUUUUGUUUGUUGUUGUUUUUUUCUUUUCUACAAAGAUGCUGGUGAUGCGACCAAUCAAGAUGAAAGUAUUUAUCUUCUCUACAAGUUGGGACUUUAUGUGUUCGGGGGGCCCUUUUUGUUCCUCAAAGAAGAAGAAAACAGCGUGUGGAGAGAGAGACAUUGACACAUUUGUAGUCUAGAACUGAGCUUUCACUAUUUUAGUGCUUUGUGCCUGGUUGUUUGAGGGUUUGUGGCUGGUUGUGUGAGUGUGUGUGUGGGUGUGGGUGUGGGUGUAAGAAAGGGACACAGACAGAAAGAGUUCAGGAAGUUUAAAGACAUGUACGUGUGUGUGGCUUGAGGCUUGUGUUCCAUCCCAAUAGUGCCUUUUUACAUAUUUCUGUUGCCUUUUCACACCUGGUCACACCUCAGUCCUCAUCCUCCAAGCGGCAUGUCAUCUGGCAGGCCAAGAGUCAAAGGUUAAAAUGAAAAGUUAUUCAUAUAUUCUACCGGUGCUUCUUGAACACUGCCUAAAGGACAUGCUGUAUGGCCACAGGAUCUGUAUCAGUGAAACAUGUACAACAGGAGAUACGUAAUCACUCCCAUAUUACCAUUAGCAUAUAUUAAAGGAAUGGUUCCCCUUACCUCAGAUGUCAGUGACCAGCCAAGACAUGCUCCGUGCCCAAAUUUUGCUUCUUUAGCUUGGUGCUAACAAAUUCAAAACCCCAGUAGUCACCAAAAUCUUUUCAGUGAACACAUUCCCAAAAUUUCUCUCAACCCACUCAAACCACUUCCAGCUCUUCAUUAAGGUUGUGCAAAUUUGUCGAUGUGGUUUAAGACGUAGCAUGACACACUGUGAACUAUAAAAAUGAACAGAACUUCACUUUGUAGCUAAAAGCUACAUCAGCCAUUUUAGACAGCAGGUACUGUGACGAAUUCUGACUCCCCUUCGAGUUCACAAACAUCAAUAACUGUUUAAUUUGGGAGACUAUUGACUUCUACGGUUUGUUAGCAGCAUUAGCUUAGUAGCUAUAGCUCUAAACCAAAGACACGAAAUUUGGACACCACAUUUUGGCAGAUCGACUACAUCUGGGGUAGACAGGAAACUGUGUAAAUAAGAUUUUUAACCAAAUCAUUCCUUUAAUUUAGUACAUACUGCGCCUGCUCCCACAAUAACAAUCUACCCAUAUUAAAUACUUGCCUGAUGUCAGCAAUCAGUUUCUCUAUUAGGGAUGCACUAAUAUGGGAAUUAUGGGCCGAUGCCUGAUAUUAUUUAUGCACAUAUCUGCCAAUACAUAAAUAUUUAUAAAAUAUUGUGGCUGUCAGAACAAAACCUGAUAUGCUGUAUCUCCAAAAUGGUGUCUUUACUGGAUAAGGAAAAAAAAUAUUCUUUAAUGCAACAGUUAUUGAUUCCAAUUAGUUUUGGAAUAUUGGUCUAUUCAUGAAAUUUUGAACCAAUGUAAAGAGCAGCUGGUGUUAUCAAAUUAUGUCUGAAAAAUAUAAAAUAUGUCAAAAAUGAAGAUAUAAGGUUUUGUUCCUAUAGUGAGAUAUAUAAAUUGUGACUACCUGGAGAGAUUUAGAGAAAUAGAGAAGUAUAACAUUUAUUUGUAGAUGAUUACAAAUGCAGUAAAAUGAAUAAAAUGAAGAGAUUUUAGCCCAGUAACCCAGCAUCACCUAAAUGUUCUGUUCUUCUAGAGUACAGUAAGAUACGUCAUCAAAUAUCACUUUAAAAUAUCAGUAAAAUAUAAACAUUUGUCUAAUGCCAAUAAUGUUACUUAGAUACCGAUAUGAUUCCAAAAUCUUUGUGCAUCUCAAAUCUGUACAUCUAAAUCUGCCAAUGACAAUACAGAUUCCGACAGUUUGGACUGACUACAUUGUAAAUGUGGCUUACUUUGUAACUUUUACUUUUCUAUGCAUAUACCAUUAAUGCAUCAUCACAUUGUCACUAAAUAUUGGUCAGAUUUUAAUAUGGAACUGAAGUGGAUAUUAUGAUUUCAGAACUGAUUCCAGUGUAGUACAGAUAGUAUCAUCCAUUCCACAGAGUCUUAGGGAGCGAGCAGAGAGGAAAAAGCACCGUGAUACAAAGACCACAGGGAUACUGCAAUGGCUCUCUGCAGCUACUGUGGUUAGAUUGUCGUCACAUUGCCUUAUACGGAUGACGUGGAUAAUACUUUUUGUUUUUCCAGAGUUCUGAAGAGGUUUUUAUUUGUUUCUGUUGAGCAGGGAAGAAAGCGCUCUUCAGUAAAGGGUUUAGUCCGGAACCAGUAUGUGUCGCUCUUCAUGCUGCAUAAAACCUGUGGCCGAGCUCCAGCAGCAAGAUACUAAUCAGAUAGUAUCAGAAAAUCAUGUUUUUGUUUUGUUUUUUGUUUGUUUGUUUGUUUGUUUUUUUUACAGAAAGUGGUCAUUACAGAGUUCAGAAGUGAGGGUUUGGACUGCUGUCUGUAGAGGAAAACAGAGCCGCUACAGAGAGAAAAAGACUAGUCUAUCGUUGCACUGAGAAAUGUAUUUAUAUGAGAAUUUUUUAUUUCAUUAAAUUGUGACUAAAAAUUAAGUGUCACAGACUGUUAUUUUAACAUUCAGAUAUUAGUCUAAAACUAUUACAGAGUUUUCACUGAGCAGCUUUCUUCACUGAUCGUACCUUUCUCAUGGACCCACUAUACUGUUAUUUCAGUUUCAGUUCAUUUACAGUCAAAAUGUAAUCGUCAUCUCACUGUUCAUUUGAAGACGUUGUGUUUAAUUGUUUUUAAUAGGUUGUUGUUCAAUAGAAACAGACCAGGCCAGAGAGGGUAUGCAUCUUAAGGCCCUCUAACACCAACUACACGUCCAGUCUUGACAGGCUCCUUUGACGCACUCUCAAUAUGACUACUACAUUCCAAAGAGUGGAUUAAAUAAAGUUUUUAUUAAGUUGUAAA